GCAUCCUUAACUCAAAUAGCGAAAAAUGUUAAAAUCAAGGACAAUGUACAUGUUUGGCGAUAAUAAAACGUAAAAUAAAGAUGUUGAAAGGAAUCAGAGGUCAGUGAAAUGUCGGGAAUUUUCCGGUCCUUGUUCACUUAAGGUCGGCAAGCUUCUGUUCGGCGUAUUCUGAACGAAUACAAGAGAUUCGAAGGGAGGCACAAACAGGAAUUGGCUGGUCGAUGCUCCUUAACGUUCGAGAUACAGUGUAACACAGGGGAGACGACACAUCUGUGCUGUUGUGCGUGAAUUUUUUUUCGGAGCCACCGAGAAAACACAUUUCUCUUUCUCUCUCUGUUCCGCUCGACGUUUUACCGAAACAGCUGAUCGUUUGCCCCUUUAAUUGCAUCGCGGCUGGGUUCGUGGACGCCGCGGUAAGUUGCUGGAUAUUUCAAUAAAAAUUCGCCAUAGUGUAUGCUCAUUUAGUGGGGCAAUCUUGUACGGUAAAGCGUGUCUGUGAAUACGGUCGAGUGUCUCGUUCCUCGGUGUACGAAAAAAAUUUGAUACCUGAUCAGCGUUACAAAGAGAGUAUCUUGGAAAGUGUGAAAUCAAGUUUUCAAUGUUUUAAUGUAAGUGGAAAAUAAUAAAUUUAUAUUCGACCGCAUUCGUAAUACGCGCUUCUUCGAACGACGCGUCGCCAUGACAGCGCAGCUGGCGAAUAAACGUUGGACUGGGGGAACGAAAGACAUGCAUCCACCAUAACGGCUUGGCAGGGCUUGGAGUUCUGUGACGUCUUCAAUGGCUGCCGCCGUAUUGCUUAUGCAUGUAACGGAGCGCGGUACUCUCACAAACCGCGUUCCGUACUGGUUUACGACGUAGUGUUUAUUAUUUAUCGUUAGAAUAUUCUAUCAAGCUGUGAGCCAACGUGCAAACCAUGGGCUCGAAGAAGCAUAAAAAGCACAAGCGCGAAAGGCACGAAGAAGGGCAAUAUACAAGCACGGAUAAACCCCGUACCUUAAAGUUAAUUUUGAAGGUUGGGGGUAGCAGUGGAACACCUGAAUACGGGAACGAAUCCCCAAGCCAGACAACAAUGUUGUCCCAACAUUUGGGUGUCUACCAACAACAGUUGGGUCUCAACUGUCCUGUAACACAAGAAUCUGAAUAUGAUAGAUACAUAGGGCAUAAAAAGCUUAAAAAGAAAAAGAAAAAGAAGGAUAAAAGACACAAGCAUCAUCACAAAGAUAAAAAGAGGAGAAGAGAGGAAUCCAGUCAAGAAUCAGUAGGAGAUGCCGAUGAAAGUUUAGCAGAAAUCCCUAAAAAGAUUCCUAAUCAUCAAUUGUUACCUCCAAGGCCACCGUCUAGUGGGGAACACCGAGUUGGUGUUACUAGCCAUAUUAACUCUCUUUCUCCACAUCGUGAACCUAGAACUUGUGUACUUAGAAAAAUUGCUGAACGUACACCUCUUCAACGACUAUUGGAACAUCUUCUUAGGUCAAUGGAGAAACGUGACCCACAGCAAUUUUUUGCUUGGCCGGUCACAGAUAGUAUUGCACCUGGAUACUCUCAGAUCAUUACUAAUCCUAUGGAUUUCAGUACUAUAAAGCAGAAAAUAGACGAUAAUAGUUAUCAAAACUUAAACGAGUUCGUAGACGAUUUUAAACUAAUGUGUGAUAACGCUACUACUUAUAACCACCCAGAUACAAUUUAUUACAAGGCAGCAAAGAAAUUAUUGCAUGUUGGCCUAAAAAUGGUUACACCUGAAAAACUUCGUCAAUUAAGACCUGUACUAACUUACAUGCAGGAUAUCUCAAAAGAGGAGCUUGGAUUUGAAUUGGGUACAGAAGAUCCUAAUAAUCCAGACGUUCCCGUAACAGAGGAGCAAAUCGAACGGGAACGGGAACAGGAGGAACGUAACGAAGAGGCAGAAGAACUUCGAAAAGAGAACCAAAGGAAAAUGAGAUUAGCAAAUUUAGGUAAAUUUGAAGCCAUUCCGGAUGAUAUGACGCCGGAGGAAAUCUUAAAACAAGCCCGAGGAGCCGCGAAAGUAGCAUCAGAUAAGUUAACGUUGAAAAGGUUGAAUUCUAAGAUGGGUUUCCUUAGACAAAAGAAAGACGGAACUACCAGUUUACAGAUCAUAGUACCGGGAGAUGGCGUGAUUCCAGGAACUAAUCAAAGACCAGUGUCAUUAGUGCAGCUUAUAGGUAAAUUGAAUCAUGGUACAGGAGCAUUAGCAGGAUUCCGAGAAGAUAGGAGAAAUAUGUCUAAACCAGUUAAACCUUUAUAUUACGGUGCCUUUGGUUCUUAUGCUCCAAGUUACGAUUCCACGUUCGCUAAUCUAACAAAGGAGGAAACAGACUUGGUGUAUCAGACAUAUGGCGAUGAGACUGCUGUACAAUAUGCAGAAUCCAUAUUAGACUUUGCUAAAGACUGUGAUUAUACGUUAACUAUGGUCGACGAUCUGUUGGAUAUCCUGACAGGAGGAGAUCAUAGAAAGACUAAGAAGUUCCUUGAGGAAAAGCGAAGACUCAAAGAGGAAGAAGAAAAGAUAAAGCAUUUAUUAGAGAAGCCCGCUCAUUUGUCAAAUGUUACUAAAGCGUCGGAGGCGGAAGUAAUGAUAGCCGACAAAAUCACAGACAAUUUAACGGAAAUAGCGAAGAAACUUCCUCCCUCAGCUAUCGCUCCCGUAGACGGCUUGCGAAGAGCUAUGGGCAUAGCACCUCUUGGUGGACCAGAACCCAUGGAAGUAGAACCGAUCACGCAUAAUGCAACCAUCGUUGCGGAGAAUAAUCUCUUAUCGCAAACUAGUAACAAUCAAGUUCCGUCGAAUCUGUUAUCGGCUCCGUCACCGAUUCAGAAUACUAAUUUACUCAGUCCAACCAGUCAACAAAAUCAACCAAUUAAUAUCGUGAAUACGAAUCAACCACCUAUUCAGAUACAGAUCGGUAUGACGCAUAAUCAGACUCCUCCGUCUUUAUUGAGCACGUCAGAGACUUCUGCGGUACCAGAUUUAGAAUCGGAGCUUCGAGAAUUUCUAGAGAGCGAUCCUACAUUAGGACACUCACCACUCCAUGACGAUAAAACUUUGGAGGAUAUUUUAUCCGAAUCUUAAUAUGUACGAAUCUUGAGAUAUAUGGUUUUUAUUAAGAUUUACCUUCUAUAAGUUGUACAUUUUAUUAAAUAUAUACAGUAGAUUUAACAUCAGUUUAAUACCACAAUUAAUAAAUAAGAUGGUAUUGUGUAACGUAAUGUAUUUCAAUCAACAUUGCAGUUUUUUUCUUUCAAAAUAUACAUAUAUGUACAUUAUUUAUGAAGUUUGCGUAACGAAUUAUAUUAUACGAAGCUUUAUAAAAUUUUAACGUUGUACACCGUGAAAUUGUUCAAUUGAAAUCAUGAAAGAGCAUGUUUUAAUAAGAUUGUUUUUGUCUUUAUUUUUAAAAAACAUUGUUCAAGAUGUAAUUAUAAUUAACUACUGAUAAAAUGUUACGCAAACGGUAUUCUUAAAAUAUACAAUCAAUCUCUUUAUAUGAAAUUCAAUCUUCCUAUUGUUAAAUUACUCAGUAAAUCAUGAAAUAAUGAAUUGUCAUUUCUAUUUUAAAAUGAAAAAAUGUGAACUUGUAAAUAUUCAUAAA